CUGUUUUUCCCCUGUACAAUCCUUGUACUUGUAGUGGACUAACAGGAAGAUGGUUGAGGCUCUGAAGAGAAAGCUGCUCAUUGUUUUUGCUGUCCUCUUGCUGCUCAGCUCAGCACAAGCAGGGCAAACAGACAGACUCCCAGGGCAUCGCUGCACUGACUUCCAGACAGCACAUUUCCUACGGGGCAGUAAACUUAAGGUCCAAUUUCUUCUAUUCACCUCCUCAAGCCCCAGCUGUGGCGAGCUGAUUUUAGCUAACAAUAGCAUCAAGAACUCCAGCUUCAACAGCAGCCUGGAAACCAAGAUCAUAAUCCAUGGCUUCAGGGCUUUGGGUACCAAACCUUCCUGGAUUGAAGGGCUUGUCCAUGCCAUACUGCACACAAGCCAGGUGAACGUGAUCGCAGUAGACUGGGUUUAUGGGUCUACAGGAGCCUAUCCCUCCGCAGUGGAAAAUGUCACACAGCUGGCCCUCUCCAUCUCACAAUUCAUCAGCAAGCUCCUGGCCCUGGGAGUCUCAGGGACAACCAUCCACAUCAUUGGGGUAAGCCUUGGUGCACAUGUCGGGGGCCUGGUGGGGCAUUUCCAUGGCGGUCAGCUGGGACGGAUAACAGGCCUGGAUCCUGCAGGCCCUAAGUACACCAGAGCCAGCCCCGAGGAACGCCUGGAUCCUGGGGAUGCCCUCUUCGUGGAAGCCAUUCAUACUGAUGCUGACAAUUUUGGGAUCCGGAUUCCAGUAGGCCACAUCGAUUAUUUCGUCAAUGGAGGAAAAGAUCAGCCAGGAUGCCCCCGAUUCAUCUCUGCAGGCUAUAAGUAUCUGAUCUGUGAUCACAUGAGGGCAGUACAUCUCUAUGUCAGUGCCUUGAAUCAUUCGUGUCCGAUGGUGGCAUUCCCGUGUGCAAGUCAUCAAGAUUUCUUAAAGGGUCGUUGCCUGGACUGUGUGGACCCCUUCCUGUUUUCCUGUCCCAGAAUAGGCCUGCUGGAGCAGGCAGGUGUCAACAUGAGAAAGUUGCCCAAGGAAGUGGAAGUUUUUUUAAUGACCAGUCCCUCAGCUCCAUUCUGUGUCCAUCACAGCCUGGUUGAGUUCCACUUGCAGAAGAAACGAAACAUAGUCACCAGCAUUGAGAUCACUUUCUGCAGCAACAGCACCAAGGACACAGCAAAGAUCACCAUACCUAAGCACCAGGAGAUGGGCAAACAUCUGCUGGCCCACAGAGUUCCCCUCUGCCAGAUAAACAGCGUGACACUGAAGUAUCUCCCCAAGAAUCAGUUUUGGAGGAAGGAUGAGUCAUCCAUUGUUGGAAAGUUCUGUGCAGCCCAGCUGCCUCUCGAUAGCAACAGGACAAUGUCAUGCCUGCCCUGGAACCUCACUCUCCCUGGCAACACAGACAUCUCCUAUGAGCUGCCCACUGCUUGUGCCUAGCGCUGCCUUCAGAGCAUGCAGGCUUACCCAAAACUGGAAAGGAGCUCUAAACAUAUUGCUGCUCUCUGCUCACAGAUGAUACUUUCACCAUAAAAUUGGACAGCUUAUUUACUUCUUGCAUUAGGGACAGGAUGUCAAGGAAAAGAAGUGUGCGGCAGAUCAGCGAGUACAAGGUUGAUUGGUUACAGCAAGAUCUCUCAAUUAAUAGACUGGGCUGGUACUUAUAUCUUAUGGAUUCUGCACCCAGAUCUGAAAGUGAGACAGGCAAGUCAUUUCAUCUCAAGGUAUGGAUCUGUAUGAAAGAAGAAGAUAAUAUCAGUCUUCCUACAAUGGGAAUAUUGGGAUGAUUCAUUUGUGUUUACAUUAAAGUGUCUUGAGAACUUCAAA